UGCUGGCAACAUGGCAAUAUGGCCGUGGCGUUCGGAUUUCGUGGUAGUGUGCGGUGCUCGUGUUAAUUUUAGCAUAAUAAAACGAAGUAUUUCCGACGCUUGUAAAGUUUCAGUUUAAGUUUUUUACCAUUUGUUUUUAUAUUUUACGGUGUUUUUUUCAUUAUUCUGUUGCAAAAUUAGUAGUUUUUCAUUUUCGUCGUCACCAGAAUUCACGCGACGACAAAAUGGCGUCGCUUGACAAGAUUUUGCUGCAAAAAUUAGUUUUCAAUUUCAUCACUUUUUCACAAAAAUAAGGCAAAAUAUGAAUUUAUACUACUUUUUUAGUAACUAUUUAAAUGAAUUAAUUGCAUUGUAAUAGUUUUAUUUUACUGUCGAUUAAAAUACGCGGUCACCUUUAGAAUUUCUUCAAAAUGCUCACGAAGGGUUCCAUGCAUGGUUCUGGCAGCGAUUCCAUGAGCGAUAAGGGAGAAAAAAGUGACUCAAGUGGUUCGGGUAGUGACAGUGACAGUGGGUCAAGUUCCUCGGGUUCUGGAUCUGCAGGCAGGUCUGGGUCAGAAAAGUCUUCAAAUGCGGAUAGGUUACAUAGUGACGAUACCAAGUCUUCACCAAAGCAUAGAAAUGCUAACUCCUCAAAAUCUGAUCAUCACACUGACAAGGACUCCUCUGAUGACACAAUUAACAAACAUAAAUCAAAAAACAGCCAUGAAAAGGUUAAGUCUGAUCUUUGGGAAGACAAUCCUGAUAUUUAUGGCAUAAGAAGGUCAGGUCGAUCCAGGAAAGAACCUGAUAGGUUAAAACUAGCCGAUAGUGAUUCUAGUGAUAAAGGAAGGAGCAGUGACAGGAAAAGUAGGAAAAAGAGCGAUUCAUGGAAUUCAGAUAGUUCUGAUAGUGACAGUGCUGACAAAGGCUCCCCACCACCCCCUUCGAAAAGACCAGGCCAAAGAAGUAUACCAUUAAGAAAAAAGAAACCAUCACGAAGAAGACAGUUUUCCAGUGAGGAAGAUGAAAGCUCAGAAGCUUCAGAUGAAGAAAACAGGAGUAGAACUGCCACACGUCGGACUGGUGCUGCUGUUAGUUAUAAAGAAGCCAGCGAUGAGCAAACUGACUCGUCUGAUCUCUUGGAAGUGGAGGGCGAUGGGGAAGCUGAAGCAGAACCAGAACCAGAAGACCACAGCGAAACCAUUGAAAGGGUUCUUGGUAUCAGAAGAGGGAAAAAAGGAGUCACUGGCAAUGUGACCACAGUUUACUAUAUCGAGGAGCAUGGGGAUCCAAACGAGGGUUGCGAUCCAAAUGACGAGGAGUCCACAGAGCUGCAGUACCUGAUAAAGUGGAAGGGGUGGUCUCAUAUUCACAAUACCUGGGAGUCUGAGAAAUCUCUGGCCGAACAAAAAGUUAAAGGACUAAAGAAAUUAGAGAACUACAUAAAAAAGGAGGGUGAAUUGUCCUAUUGGAGGAAGCAGGCUGGCCCUGAAGAUAUUGAUUAUUUCGAGUGUCAAGCUGAACUGCAACAGGAGUUAGUCAAAACCUACAAUUAUGUUGAAAGAAUUAUAGCUGAACAAACUCGCGAACUAGAAGGCGGUGCGACUACACGGGAAUACUUUUGUAAGUGGGAGUCUCUGCCUUACGCUGAUGCCACUUGGGAGGAUGCAGCACUAAUAGAAAGGAGGUGGCCGGAGAAAGUCGAAAACUUUAAGUAUAGAGAGGCGGCGAAAACCACUCCCUCCAGACAUUGUCCAGUUCUAAGGAGAAGGCCAAAGUUUCAUCAACUCAAAGAACAACCAGAAUAUUUAGGCAAAGAUAAAACUUUUGUUCUAAGAGAUUAUCAAAUGGAUGGGCUUAAUUGGCUAGUUCAUUCCUGGUGUAAGGAUAAUUCUGUAAUACUUGCAGACGAGAUGGGAUUAGGAAAAACAAUCCAGACCAUAAGUUUUUUGUAUUAUUUAUUUAAAUCGCAACAACUGUACGGCCCUUUUCUCUGCGUGGUUCCCUUGAGCACAAUGACUGCUUGGCAAAGGGAGUUUGUCCAGUGGGCGCCUGAUGUGAAUGUUGUUACCUACAUUGGAGAUGUCACUAGCAGAGAUAUUAUCAGACAAUUCGAAUGGAGUUUCGCUAGUUCGAAACGAUUGAAGUUUAAUGCCAUACUUACCACAUAUGAAAUUUUGUUGAAAGACAGACAAUUUUUAAGGUCAUUCAGUUGGGCCUGUCUGCUAGUUGACGAGGCUCAUAGACUUAAAAAUGACGAUUCACUAUUGUACAAAGCUUUAAAGGAGUUUGAUACCAAUCAUAGGUUACUAGUUACUGGUACACCAUUACAAAAUUCUUUGAAAGAAUUGUGGGCCUUAUUGCAUUUUAUUAUGCCAUACAAAUUUGAAUCAUGGGAAGAUUUUGAAAAAGAUCAUGAAGAUGCCGCAACGAAAGGCUAUGAAAAGCUUCACAAGCAAUUAGAACCCUUUAUAUUGAGAAGACAAAAAAAAGACGUAGAAAAGUCACUGCCUGCCAAAGUAGAACAAAUUUUGAGGGUAGAAAUGACGUCUAUACAAAAACAAUAUUACAAGUGGAUACUCACAAAAAAUUACAGCGCUCUAAGAAAGGGCGUCAAGGGGUCUAUAAACACGUUUAUAAAUAUUGUAAUUGAGUUGAAAAAGUGCUGUAAUCACGCGCUACUCACAAAACCAGAGGACUUUGAGUCCAGGGCUUCCCUAGCUACCACAGAUGCUGUAGAGAAACUUUUAAGAGGAUCUGGGAAGUUGCUUUUACUAGAUAAGCUAUUGUGUAGGUUAAAAGAAACAGGUCAUAGGGUUCUUAUAUUUUCUCAAAUGGUUAGAAUGCUGGACAUCCUAGCGGAGUACUUACAGCGAAGGCAUUUUCCAUUCCAAAGACUCGAUGGUAGUAUUAAGGGUGAGAUUAGAAAGCAGGCGCUGGAUCAUUUCAAUGCUGAGGGGUCUCAAGAUUUUUGUUUCCUCCUGUCCACACGAGCCGGUGGCCUGGGUAUUAACUUGGCGACUGCAGACACUGUGAUAAUAUUCGACUCUGAUUGGAAUCCCCAGAAUGAUUUACAAGCACAGGCUCGCGCACAUCGUAUUGGACAGAAAAAUCAGGUCAAUAUAUACAGAUUAGUUACUGCUAGAUCAGUUGAAGAAGAUAUUGUUGAGAGGGCAAAAAGAAAAAUGGUACUCGAUCAUCUCGUAAUUCAGAGGAUGGACACAACGGGACGGACAGUACUUAACAAACGCGAUGCCACUGCGACCACAGCAAAUAAUCCUUUCAAUAAGGAGGAUUUGAAUGCUAUUCUUAAAUUUGGCGCCGAAGAGUUGUUCAAAGACGACGAUGAGAAUGACGAAGAACCAGUCUGUGACAUUGAUGAAAUCCUUCAAAGGGCAGAAACAAGAGACGAUGCUCCCUCAAUGGCUGGCGAUGAAUUAUUGUCAGCAUUUAAAGUGGCUAGCUUUGCAUUUGACGAAGAAAAGGCUGUGAUGGAAGUGAAGAAAGAAGAAGCGGGUGAGGAGCCAAAAGACUGGGAUGAUAUCAUACCAGAGAAUGUUCGAAAAAACAUAGCCGAACAGGAAAAGAAUAAGGAAAUGGAGGACUUGUAUUUGCCACCUAGACGAAAGAAUUUACAACAAAAUAAUGCUGAUGGCAAAGGUGGACGUUCUCGUCGCGGGCGGGGCGGCGAUGCGGACGGCGAGGCUGACGGCGAGGACGCCGAGGGUGACGCCGAGAGUGACGCGAGUGACGGUGACAGCGACGGCGACGACAGACCCCGCAAGCGCGGCCGCCCGCCCGCCUCGCACAGAGAGAAAAUCAAGGGAUUCACUGAUCAAGAGAUUAGAAGAUUUGUCAAGAGUUACAAAAAGUUUUCUGCGCCUCUAAAACAUCUCGAUAGCAUAGCGUGUGAUGCAGAACUCCAGGAGAAGCCACUGGCAGAUCUGAAAAAGUUAGCAGAAACUCUUCAAGAAAGAUGUAAAGCUGUCAUGAAUAAUACAGCUGAACAAAAUGAUCAAAAUGAAGGCAAAAAGAAUGCUAGAAAGAGUUUCAAACUUGGUGGAGUACCUGUCAAUGCAAAGACAAUGGUUGCAUGCUUGGACGAGCUUGCUCCCUUGGAUGAGUUUUUGCCGCAGACAAAAGAAGAGAGGCUGAAAUGGCAAUUAGAUUUUAGGACAAGGCCUGCAAAUUUCGAUGUCGAAUGGGGUGUCGAAGAUGACUCCAAGUUGCUAGCUGGAAUCUACCAAUAUGGAAUGGGUUCCUGGGAAGCUAUCAAAAUGGAUUCAUCAUUUUGCAUUUGUGAUAAAAUACUAACAAAUGAGGAUAAAAAACCUCAAGCGAAACAUUUACAGUCUAGAGCCGAAUAUUUGCUAAAACUUAUAAAGAAAUUGCUUGACCAAAAAAAUGGAAAACAGAGACAAAGAAAGCCGAGAGUGAAAAAAGGUGCGAAAGAACCUGUAACGAAAGAUAUAAUAGAGGAUGAUAUCAGUUCAGGAGAAGACGCCAAAAAAGGAAAUAAGCAAACCAAAAAUGAAAAACCAGAAAAGGGCAAAUUAAAAAUCGAGGAAGUAUCAACGCAUGAUGAAACUUCGAACGACAGAAAGGAGAAGGACAAAAAACGCACAAAGAAAGAAGGGAAAGAUCGACCCAAAAAUGAAAAGUCAAAAAGUAGAAAGAAACCUGCUGGCCCUAUGCAUUUUACUGCCAAUAACGAGCCCAGAGCAUUGGAAGUUUUGGGUGAUUUAGAUCCCUCUGUGUUUGAAGAGUGUAAAGAAAAAAUGAGGCCUGUGAAGAAAGCUUUAAGGGCAUUAGAUAAUCCUGAUCAAGCUUUAUCUGAAUCAGAACAAGUAACAAGAACAAGGGCGUGUCUGUCACAAAUAGGUAAUCAAAUAGACAUAUGCCUGGAGGCUUAUCCAGAUCCUGAGAAGAAAGUGGAGUGGAGAAGUAAUCUCUGGUAUUUUGUGUCAAAAUUCACAAAUUUUGAUGCCAAGCAACUGUAUAGGCUAUACAAAUACGGUCUCAAAAAGACAAAAGAACCUAAAUCGAAAAAUGUAAAACAUAAAGAAAAUGUUAAGGCUAAUUCGAAGAACAAUAUUAAUAAUUCAAAUAAUCAUGUGAAGCAUAAAAAAGAAUCCAGACAAGAUAGUAACGACCGCAAGGAGAAAAGGCCAAAGAUCGAUAAGGAUAAAUCAGACAAGCCAAAUGAUAAGAAUGCACAUCCGUCGGGAGUAAAACGAAAAUUGGAAGACGGAGAGUGUGACCCAGAGUCCAAUGAUAACAAACGACACGAGAGAAGUAAACACAAGCACAAGAGUCGGAAGGAUAGGGACGGGAGCUUGAAGCGGGACGAUUUCUUGUACAGAGAUCGGAGUCGGACGGAGCGGGAGAGGGAGCGGGACCGCGAUAGGGACCGCGACCGCGGGCGAGAGCGGGACCGCGAUAGGGAGCGGGCGCGGGAGCGGUCGCGCACGCGGCGGGACAGCGGCGGCGCGGGGCCAACGCGUGCGCGUCCUCCAUACGCCGCGCACGACCACGCCCACCCGCCCCACCCCGGCCACCCCGCCUGGACGCCGCCCGCUUACCCCGGCCCGCGCACCUACCGCGGCGACCGGAACCCGCGCCCGCACGAUAAGAGAAGGUUUGGAAGCUACGCAAUGGGCGGCGCGCCCUACCCGGGAUACGGGUCGUACGAGGGGUCGCCGAUGGCGGGAGGCAUGGGCUUCCCGCCCGUGCGGCCCUACCCUGAGGACUGGCGCGGCUACGCGCAGCCCGACUACCCCUACGACGACCGCGAGUACGAGCGAGAAGUGUACAGGAGAGACUAUGACCGCCGCGCGCCACAGACUUAGUCGUCGAGUGUCGGCCGGGACGCAGUGUAAAUAUAGAUUAGUUUUUCGUUCGUAAAUGUAUAUAGCUCGGAUAUCCUACCGCUGAUGCCGGAUUUAAACUUUUUAUUACAGUGCUAAGUGGAAGUGACGAGAAGUGCUGUGGAUUUCUCCUUGUGAUAAGAGUAGAACAAUGAAAUGACUAAUGAGGGUUAUGUUAAUAAUAUGACUAUUUUAUAAGUGCGAUUGUACAGUGAAUUUAUUUAUUGCCGAGUCUGUCGAUUAGUUGUUGUUGUACAGAUUUUAGACAAAUUACCUAUAAUUUUUAUAUUGUUUCAAUUUUGUUGUCAAUAUUACCGGAUUAAAUUGAAUUCUCAUCUUUGAUAGCUGUUUGUACUAUUUAUUUGUAUUUCCAAUUAUUCUUGGGUCGGAAAAUGGUGAUAUAGUAUAUAUUAUUAUGUAACUGGUAGUUGUACAAAAUAUUAAUUGUGUAGAUUUGCAUAUAAAUAAAUCAUGUGCAAUUUGAGUAUCAUGUAAGUGUAGCAUGAUGCAGGGCACAUUACUUUGGUCAUUGCAUUUUAGCAGUGUUUAUUAAUGGAAGAAUAUCAUUUGUAUUUUCUUUCUCAUUAUAUAAUAUGCAUUUUACGAGUCCAAAUAGGCCUCGUACAGUCCUAUUUUUAUACAUUUAUGUAUUGUAUAGUCUUCUGCUCCUUUACAAACUGCGAGAGUAUGUAAUGAGGGUGAAAAGCAUCUUAAAUGGUGUAUAUCAUGAUAAUAAACAUAUUAUUAAAUUGA